AUGUUGCCUGAUAUUGCAUAUGCAGUAGCAGUACUUGACAGGUUUACUGCAAGCCAUAUUGGAACACUUUAUCAGUUCAACAAGAAGAAAGUGGUGUUCAUAAUAGGAGCAACAGGAACUGGAAAAUCCCGUCUCUCUGUUGACAUUGUCACACAUUUUCGGGGAGAAAUAAUCAACUCGGACAAAAUGCAAAUGUAUAAGGGACUUGCAAUUGUUACAAACAAGAUCACACACACUGAGAAACAAGGUGUACGACACUAUUUGUUAGGUAAAAUUGAGCAAGAUUCCAACUUCACAGCUGAAGAUUUUUGUUUGCAAGCUAUUGUCUACAUAGAAUUUUUUUUGAAGACUCAACGUGUUCCUAUUAUUGUUGGAGGGUCAAAUUCGUAUAUUGAAAAACUUAUGGAAGACCCUGUGUUCAUGUUCAAAUAUAAGUAUUAUACUAGCUUUAUUUGGAUUGAUGUAGAACAAUCAAUCUUGAACUAUAGAGUUGACAUGAGGGUUGAUCAAAUGGUCAAUGCAGGGCUAGUAGAUGUAGUGCGACAUAUUUUUAUUCCAGAUGCAGAUUAUACCAAAGGAAUCCGACGGCCCAUUGGUGUCCCCGAAAUGGACAUAUAUUUAAGGGAAGAAACAAAUAUAGACGAAGAUGAUGAAUCAAAGAAGAUGCUUCUUCAAUCGUCAAUUGCUAAUAUCAAGCAGCAAUCAGUCUUGAACUGUACAGAUGACAUGAAGGUUGAUCAAACGGUCAAUGCAGGGCUAGUGGAUGAGGUGCUACAGAUUUUCAUUCCAGAUGCAGAUUACACCAAAGAAAUCCGACAGUCCAUUGGUGUCCCCGAAAUGGACAUAUAUUUAAGAGAAAAAAUAAAUAUAGACGAAGAUGAUGAAUUAAAGAAGAUGCUUCUUCAAUCGUUAAUUGUUAAUAUCAAGCGUAAUAUUCGUUUAUUAAUUUGUCACCAACUUGACAAGAUUCAACGGUUAAUAAAUGAGAAAAUGUGGUUGAUGCAUCAUAUUAUUGCUACUGACAUUUUCAAAGGAGAUAGAAAAGAAGCUAUUGAUGAAGCAUGGAGGAAUACCGUUUUCCAACCAUGCCUGGAUAUUGUGAAAAUAUUUCUCAAAAGUGAUGAUCACAAUAUUAUUAUUGAAUGA